GAUUUGAUUGGUAAGGUUUUUCAAGCUAGGUGCCAUUAAAAACAGUUAAAAAUGACUUUUACACGUUCAGGUUAUCUCAAUCUUUGUUUCACUGAGUGAAUGCCUCUUGCUCGUCUACGUUUCAGUUUCACUGUUCCAUUAGUUUGAGUUCCAUAGUUUGAGUUUCAGAAUUCAGUUUGGUAUUAAUCAUAAAUUUGCAAAUAGAUCAUGCCACAGUCAUCAGACCUGCAGAAGUUCUGCCUCCGGUGGAACGACUACCGGAGCAGCGUGACUGCUGCAUUUGAGGGCCUGCGGCAGGAUGAGGAGCUGUUAGACAUGACGCUAUGCUGUGAGGGCAAGAAGAUCAAGGCGCACAGGGUGAUGCUGUCAGCAUGCAGCCCCUUCUUCCGUGAGCUGCUGAAGGAGAACCCCUGCCAGCAUCCAGUGUUUAUGCUGCGGGACGUCUCCUACCGCGACCUGUGGUCGGCCAUUGAGUUUGUAUACAAAGGAGAGGUGAACGUACGCCAGGCCGACCUGGCCACCUUUCUGAAGACUGCCGAGAUGCUUCAGCUGCGUGGGCUUACCGAAGAGGAUGGCAAGGGUCAGCUGCCCCAUACCCCGGCUGGCUCGGGGUCGACCGUCUCCAACUCUGCUCGGUCGUCCGCCGGCACCGCUCGCCGCCGGGCCUGGGAGAAGUCCUCGGACACCGAGCAGCCGGCCGAGUCCUCCUCACGACCGUCCAAACGACCGCGGCCGGCCUCAGACACGGCCGGCCCGCCUCCACCGCCGCCGCCGCCGCCGCUGCAGUCAUCGGAGAUCAAACAGGAGUCGUCUCCACCGCCCCCGCCGCCUGUGUAUGGUGUGGAGGAGAGUCCCGCGUCGUACAGCGCGGAGGAGUCUGACCCGAGCCUGCAGACGAUCCUCUACCACAGCGUCACGCCCGAGCCACGAGAGGUAGACCUGGACUCCGAUGAUCGCACGGCCGGCAGCACAGACUCGUUCCAGUUUCUGAACACACCAAACGUGGCCGGAGAGUCCUGCUCCGAUGACGAGACCGACGUAUCGAAACCGUACGUGUGCGACGAAUGCGGUAAGCGGUUCAUGCGAUACAAUUCACGAGAGAAGCACAAGAAGGUGCAUCUGGGCGAAACUUUGUGCCUGGGCUGUGGGCACAUCUACUCGUCCAAGUAUGCGUUGGCCAUGCAUCAGAAGAGCCAGAGGUGCAGCGAAAGCUGGAAAGCAAACUGAUUUCAUCGGGCAAAACAGCACUGACAUACGCUACUCUCUUCGUCUUUAGAUGCAUGAAUGCAGGGCUACAAAGCUGCUAUUUCAUAAUUUGUUAGUCUCUGUUGGCUUCCCUGUGACAAGUUUUUUUUCAUUGAGUUCUUCGGUGAUGAUGAUGACACAAUCUUGUCAUUAGACGUGUUUUUAAGUAAUUCUUGGCUGAAACAUUUACGUUGAAUGCCGUUGUUUGAUACUUCAAAUGGCGUUUAAAGUUCAAGCUUCAUUAUAGCAUGUAGGCCUUCAUCAUGGGUCAAUGCUCAUGUCAUAAUGUGUGCGUGUGUGUGUAUACCGUCCGAUACCAAUAUAUUAGGAAAUAAAGCAAGGAAAUUUUCUGUUUAUUUAGUAGGCGACUCAAUAGAAGUCGUCAACUCAUCGACGACUCAUCUCCAGCUGACGGCGCCGCUCAGAACGGCAGUUGUUCUUCAUUUUUUAGCAUUACCUAAUACCUAUCCUGUGCACUGACUACGUCUCCCUCCCCAUCCUAUUCAGUAAUGUUUUGUGCAAUGUUUGCCGCGAUAUUUUGCUUGUUAGACUGCCACGGAAUAGGUAUAGAUACGUACCUACACAGUACACACGCAGCAGACACCUAUAGCAUGUAGUGCGGUACAGCAUAGGAAGGCAGGCGUUUGUUCUAUUCACCGCGCGCGGAUAUGAUCGGGAGACUGCAGUAGAGAGCUAAGACGGUAUCACCAGCAGCUCGGUGACUUUAACACUGCAUGGGAACUAGCACCGAAUCAGGACUGCUCGCGAUGAGCAGUCUUGGCAGCUGCCAGCUUGGUCGGCUUUUUAUGGGACUAUAGGAUAAUAUGUAUCAUGUAUAAAUAGGAAUAUACAACUGUAGGAAUAUGUGAGCUUAUGGGAAACAUUACAAAUGCUUGUGCUACGUAUUCCGUGCUGCUUGCGAUGUUUGUUACCUGAUACAAUCGCUGUUCUCAUUCAAACGCGAUAUAUAAAUAAUGUUUAUUACACACAAAACAUUCCAGCAGACAUUUGCCAGGGGAUUGGGAUCGUUACAAAAGUCGUUGAAUUUUAUCAGUCCUGCCGGUUUAAGGCACAUAUUUAUCCAACAAUCAAACCAGAAAACCACCCGUAACAAUAACAACAGCGUAAUAACCAACGGCUCGUAACAGCGAAUUAGCAUAACAAGUGCUCUGAAUAAAGAAUAACUUAACUACAUUGCAUAACUUAGAACAGCGACACGCACAAUAACAACGCUACAAGAAAACAAUGGUACCUAAAUACCUACCGAUGGCAACCCUCCCUUAUAUAGGUAGGUACUGUUGCAGACCUGCGAUUAGUAACAAAUCUACUCGGUUUGGUUAGUAGUUGCUGGCUAACCCAUUCACUAUUUCCACCUGAGAACAUCUCUCUACACCUUAGCUCUGAGUAUUAUCGCUCCAGUUUCCAACAUUACCUCACAAACACAAAAAGAAACUAACAGACCGCGUGAAAGACACGUGAAAGUCGCGCCUGUAUAAGUCGAUAAAGGCUAAAGGUCAAAGACCUGAUAUGUGCCACUGUUUCAGAUUAGAAGUAUUAUCUUAGUAACGACGAUGUCUAGAAUCUAUAGAUGACAUAGUUGAUAGCUCCAAAUAGGAACUUAGUUACAUACUGGUCACAUACAAUACUGAAAGAUGCCGACAAAAGUGACAAGAUGAAAGAACACACCAAACAGAUUUUCGUUUGUGUCCACAUCUCGCAUUCGCCAGUCAUAACUUGCAUCAUAC